AUGCAUGCAGAAGCAGAUGAUAGCAUGAAGGAUUUAGUGAUGGACGAACGAUCAAGACAAGCAUUUUCUGACAGAGAAGGCGUCGAGAAAUGCUCAACAUUGUCUCGACGCUGUGUUGAUGAAGGACGCUGUGUUGAUGAAGGACGCUGUGUUGAUGAAGGACGCUGUGUUGAUAAAGGACGCUGUGUUGAUGAAGGACACUGUGUUGAUGAAGGACGCUGUGUUGAUGAAGGACGCUGUGUUGAUGAAGGACGCUGUGUUGAUGAAGGACGCUGUGUUGAUGAAGGACGCUGUGUUGAUGAAGGACACUGUGUUGAUGAAGGACGCUGUGUUGAUAAAGGACUCUGUGUUGAUGAAGGACGCUGUGUUGAUGAAGGACGCUGUGUUGAUGAAGGACGCUGUGUUGAUGAAGGACGAUGUAUUGAUGAAGGACGCUGUGUUGAUGAAGGACUCUGUGUUGAUGAAGGACGCUGUGUUGAUGAAGGACGCUGUGUUGAUGAAGGACGCUGUGUUGAUGAAGGACGCUGUGUUGAUGAAGGACGCUGUGUUGAUGAAGGACGCUGUGUUGAUGAAGGACUCUGUGUUGAUGAAGGACGCUGUGUUGAUGAAGGACGCUGUGUUGAUGAAGGACGCUGUGUUGAUGAAGGACGCUGUGUUGAUGAAGGACGCUGUGUUGAUGAAGGACGCUGUGUUGAUAAAGGACGCUGUGUUGAUGAAGGACACUGUGUUGAUGAAGGACGGACAUAUGCCGGGAGUGCCUAA